UCGUAACCGUCCACACACACAAGCACCAGUCGACGAUAGGCCGGCUCGAGCACGUUAGCAUCCUGCUGUGCAGGAAUGAUAAGGCAUUAUUGCAGGUGCAACUGCAGUAGGUUUGAUCAAUGUUAAACUGUACGCCGAGCGUACAGACGCCGAGAGCGUCGCGAUUCCGUGCUCGCGCCUCCGAUUCAGUCUCUCUCCGCGCGUUGCUUCAGUGGCAGCUACGCCGACGGACCUCCCGCACACGCACCAGGACUCAGCCCCCAUUCGGACGCGAAAUACGGUCGAAAUGGUUUAAUUAAUGGCAACAAAGUGGGACGAUGAAAAUGUCAACCCGGGAAGAGAAAUAAAAAUAAAAUAGUCCAGGCCAACAUUGAAUUUAAUCCAACGAAAAUUUACAUUAAAUUCGGCCUUUUCGGUACAGACGUCACUCCAGUGAUCAGUGUAGUGUGUUAUUAUUUUUCGCCCCUUCGGCGGUAGCGUCAGUGUUAUUCCAGUGAUUGUUAACGUGUAACACCACCGAAACUAAUAAUCCGGGACUUUGCUCGAUUUAUGGAUGAGGUUAAGGGAAGUUAAUCACCGUCAACUCUCUCUCAUCGCAACCGCCAUGAAUCUCUUGACUUUCUUCGACAAGCAGCCAGCGUAAAAACCGGCGAUGGACAACUUAACAUACCUCAGUACAUCGACGACGCAAAUCACCAAAACCCCCGACCAAGAAUGGACCCAUUACCUCAUCGUGUUCCUGAAAGCCACCAUCAUGGGUUCGAUAAUCGUCGUAUCGAUCUUCGGCAACCUCCUUGUUAUCGUGUCGGUGAUGCGGCAUCGCAAACUCCGCAUCAUCACCAACUACUAUGUCAUCUCGCUAGCCUUCGCCGACAUGUUGGUGGCAAUGUUCGCCAUGACGUUUAACUUUAGCGUGCAAAUCUUCGAUACGUGGCUGUUCGGGUACUUUAUGUGCGACGUGUGGAACUCUUUAGACGUUUACUUUUCGACAGUUUCGAUCCUCCACCUGUGCUGUAUCAGUGUAGAUCGCUACAUCGCCAUCGUCAAGCCGCUCAAAUACGCGCUCAGCAUGACCAAGAACAUCGUCGCGUUGAUGCUCCUCGCCACGUGGGUGAUGCCAGCCUUUUUGAGUUUCCUGCCCAUCUUCAUGGGCUGGUACGCGACGGAGGAGCACCUCAAAGACCGGUUCGAUCAUCCGGACUCGUGCGAGUUCAAAGUCAACAAGUUGUACGCGAUCAUUAGUAGCAGUAUCUCGUUCUGGAUUCCGUGCACGAUCAUGAUCUACAUGUACCUGGCGAUCUUCCGCGAGGCGAACAAGCAGGAAAAAGACAUGUAUAAUAGGCAGGGGGCGGCCUUGCUCCUCCACCAGAACAACACCAACGGUGAUAUGUUGUCGAACUCUGGUGGUUCUUCCAAAACGCUGACUCUUCACGAAAUCAACCAGGAUCUUCACCACACUCCGACCAAGGAGCGGAAUCUCAACAAAAUGAAGCGCGAGCACAAAGCCGCGAGGACUUUGAGUAUUAUCAUGGGGACGUUUACGUUGUGCUGGUUGCCCUUUUUCCUGUGGUACGUCUCGAUCUCGUUGUGCACCACGUGCGAAUGCCCCGACAUGGUCGUGGGGAUCUUGUUCUGGAUCGGGUACUUCAAUUCGACGCUGAAUCCCUUGAUUUAUGCCUAUUUCAACAAGGACUUCAGGGAAGCGUUCAAGAACACGUUGCAGUGCGUUUUUUGUAGUUUGUGCCGCCGUCCGCCAUCUGAUUUAGACAAGUUCGAUAUCAGAAGACCGUCGAUAAGGUAUGAUGAUAGAACUAGAAGCAUCUAUUCGGAAACUUACUUAAAACAUAUUGAUAGGAGGAGGAGUUCGGAGUUUGGGUCGAGUCUCUGAGUAGACCUAACUAGCAGCAGACUUACGACCACUAGUUUCUAGUCUGCUGCUAGUUUGGGAAAUAUCAUUGGUGCUACAUUAGUUGGUUUUGGUUUUACUUUUCGAAUGAGAGAAACGUGAUAGAGUGUGUGAUACUUCUUAGGUAGAGUAGCUACUAAUCCUUGUAAAUAAUGCCAAAAACUAGUUCUUUUGUAUUUAUUUUUAGUCUCUACGAUCUUAAAAAGAUGAAUGUGUAAUUGUACGAGUUCUUUUGUAAAGGAUAUUUUUACCGAAUUGAAGACUUAAUUUAAGACUGCAAUCCAUUUUUUGCGAAUACUCCAAUGAAGAAACAAUUUUUCUACAGUUAGACUUAAUUCAUAUUCGUAUAAAAAUAGAAGUAAAUGUUUUUUCGAUGUGUAAUAAAACUUGUGUAUUUGUGAAGAUUUUCAAAACUAUCAGAAAGUUGUAGCGAGAUACAAUCAUAUUUUAGAAUUUAACAAAUGUGCAAUUAAGUAACUAGAAGAGAAUCUAAUAUUAGCGAAGAUCGACCAAUCGUAAAUUGUUACGAGAAGCAAUAAAACUUAGUAAUGAACCUACAGGAAGGUCAACAUCGAAGAAUAAUAUUUUUCAAAAAAACUUCAUUGACAAAUCGGCUAAAGCGCACAUGUUAAUAAUAUUUUUCUGUAUUGUCUUCCCCUACAUUAUCAGUGUUCAAAUAAAACUAUCGACUUGUUAAAAGAAUCGAUGUCUCAAAGAUAAAUGUUCCAUGUACAAAAAAAUUUUAAAAAAUGUCCACUUAAACUAUUAGUUGAGCAGUGCUUGCAUACCAAACUUCAGUUUAAAAAGAUUUUGUACAUAGUCCCAUUUACUUAAUGAAAUAUUUAUUGUUUGUUGACAAUUUUAUAUUUAAGUUUAGUUUGUACAUUUGUAAAAACGCUUCCGACAUAAAACUGACAAUUUGCUUUUGACAAACAGGACAGAAUUCAAUAAAUAACAUUAAUAUUUUC